AUGAGGUGGUGGCUACAGCCUAGCAACGGACCCCAAAAGGGUUCAACAAAUGAGCUGUUAAAUGCCUUGGAGGAUGGAGUGGAAAGCUACAGCCUAGCUACGAACCCCAAAAGGGUUCAACAAAAGGGCUCAGCAGAGACAAUGAAAAAUUGUGAAUUAUUGGAGAUGGAAUCCAUAGAAUGUGAUGUUUCCAAGAAAACCAAUGACUUCUCUUAUGAUCUAGGGUCUCCCUGGGUCGGAGGUGGGAAGGCCGAGCCAUGGUGGCGCGUGACAGAUAAAGAUGAGCUAGCCUCCCUGGUUGCAAAAAAGUCGCUGGACUUUAUUGAGAACUGUGAUCUCCCUCCACCUCAGAAGAUGCACAUAAGGAGGUAUUCGCGCGAAUGUUCUGGUUGUUUUGAUGGUGAUGAAGUAUCUUCUUCGGCUUGGAAGUCCCAAACAGACCCUGUCUCCAGUCUAAUCGAUUUCGUAGAGCAAGUUACAGAGUCUGAUCCUACUAAGCCUCAGCUACUCGAAGUGCUUCGUCAAUCACAAAUACGUGCAAGGGAAGCUGAGAAAACAGCAAAGCAAACCUACGCAGAGAAGGAGCAUGUCAUCAAGCUUAUCGUCAAACAAGCCUCACAAAUCUAUUCCUAUACACAGUGGUUCAAAAUGCUGCACCUAGAUGUUUAUCUUCAGAUUAAGAACAACGAGCAGCCAGUCUCCACUCUAUUUCCUCUAGUUCUUCCAUGGACAUCCUACGAUAGUUGCAAAUCACGGGGAAAAGGUGGACGAAGAAAGCAGAGCCAGCCUAGACCGAGCAUAACUACAUGUGCCGUUGCUUUUGCAUUGGGACUAAGUCUUGUUAGCGCUGGUUUGCUGUUGGGAUGGACUGUAGGGCGGAUGCUACCUUUCUAG